AUGGGAGGUGGCCAGGCCUUCCCCAGGCUCUCAAAGAAAGCCACUGUUAGCUCCAUCCUGCUACCGGGUGCUAGCAUCGGCACCCUGACCGUCCAUUACCUGCCAUGCCAGAGGAGACUCAAGAAGAAAAAAAAAAACAGCAGGAGCGACUUGUUUACUGAACCAGCCCCACACUGUUCUCCAGACACUGUGGCACCAACGACGACCACGAACAGGGCACUUCUGGCUCCCAACCACGUGCAGGAGGUGCGCCUGCACCCAGUGGAGUCCAUCAGUGACCUGCACAGUGGAGGUUCCCUGAGGCCCUGUCUGGCGGACGAAGCACAGUCAUGGGAUGAGGUGCUCGGCAUGCUGCCACCCUCCCUGUGUGCUCAGGCUGGCUGCAGCCCUGCGUAUGGGCCCCGGGGCUUCGUGCUGCUGUUGGCACUGCUGGUGCUUACCUGUUUGGCCCUUGCCAUCCUGGCCGUCUACCUGAGCGUGCUGCAGAGUGAGUCCCUCCGCGUCCUGGCACACACACUGCGCAGCCAGGAGGAAGUGCUGCUUAAGCUCCGGCUGGCCAGCCUCAGUCAGCUUCGGAGGCUCAACUCCAGUGAGGCCCGGGCACCGAGCUGAAAUGCCACCAGCACCUGGGGCCUGGGUGUGUGAGAGAAUAAAGUGGUUGUUAGCAGGC